AUGACAGAGAAGCGGAAGGGCGGAGCAGGACUGAGUUCCUAUGGGGCAGAUGCUGAAGGUGCCGCAAAGAGUCUUGACCCGUUGAUGCAAGUGGCUUUGGACACAGUGCCGGAGGAAUAUAGGUCGUGCUCGCCGGUUGCCGUGAAGGCAACGGCUGGUUUACGUAUGCUGGGCCCUGACCUCAGCCAGAAGAUUUUGGAGGCGGUUCGACACAGAUUGGAGACUCAGUACCCUUUCCCGGUUGUGUCAAAGGAACGGGGCGGGGUUGAGAUUAUGGAUGGAAAGGAUGAGGGCGUUUACGCGUGGAUCACAACCAACUAUCUUCUUGGAAAUAUUGGCGGCCCAGGAAACAAUCCCACGGCUGCUAUUUUCGACCUGGGGGGCGGCUCGACUCAAAUUGUUUUUGAACCGAUGUUCAAGGUCCCUGAGAAGAUGGAGGACGGGGACCAUAAAUACGAGCUUACCUUUGGCGGUAGAAAGUUCACUUUAUACCAACACUCGCAUCUCGGAUAUGGACUUAUGGCCGCCAGGAACGCAAUUCAUAAGGCUAUCAUCGACGCGAAGCACAGUUCUAACGCCGAAGACAAAUCUUGGCUCUCUACCCCCAUUGUCAAUCCCUGUGUUGGCCCUGGCAUGGAGGUUCAUGUCAACGUCACACUGGGUGAGGACCAUGCCCUUGGGGAGAAGGUUCAAGUCAAAAUGGCUGGUCCGACUGGCGCUCCAUCGGCAGCUCAGUGCCGUGGCAUCGCUGAUAAGGUCCUUCAGAAGGAUGCUCAGUGCGCUCUGAAACCUUGCUCAUUCAAUGGUAUUCAUCAACCGUCUCUUGCCAAAACGUUUGCGCGAGAGGACGUGUACAUCUUCUCAUACUUUUACGACCGGACGGCUCCGCUAGGAAUGCCUGAUUCGUUUACUUUACGUGACUUACAGCACUUGACCAAUACAGUUUGUGCUGGCGAGGGUAGUUGGGGUGUGUUUGAGGGUAUCGCCGAUGCUCUUGAGGAAUUGAAAGGACGCCCGGAGUAUUGUUUGGAUCUGAACUUUAUGCUUUCGCUUCUGCAUCAUGGGUAUGAGAUGCCACUUGAUAGGGAGGUUAAAACUGCCAAGAAAAUUGAUGGUAAUGAAUUGGGAUGGUGUCUUGGGGCCAGUCUUCCCCUUCUUAGCAAGGACUCUGGCUGGCAAUGUCGUAUUAAGCAAAUUUCCUAA